AUUAUUUUAUUUGUACUCGACCUUACACAGUUUCACGUAGCUCCUCUAGCUCCCUUUAAUUUUUCCUCGUUUUUGUCGUUAAUAAAAUAAACUAAAAUGUUUACAAAACAUCACGAAUUAAUCGGAAAUGAGACUUUAAUUAAUCCAGGAUCCAAAAGUUAAUAACAAAUUUCUUUUAGCGGUUUUACUUAUUAGCAGUUAUAAAUUCGGCAAUCUAAUUGCAUUUUAAAAUAUACAUACAUACUUAAAUACCACGAAAAAAUUUUUUUGUCUUUAUUUUUUAUCCUUGCACUGUUGCGUGGUCAAAAUUAUCGUUUUUUAUCGACUCAGGCCGAAGUCACAUUGGUUUCAUACCAUUUUAGUAUAUAUUUCCAGAAUAAAACUUUAGAUGGCAUCGCAGACACUGGGCAAAAAUCCGUCAUAAUUGUUUAUGGACUCAGCGUGUACUUACGAUGUAAUGUUUGGUGCGUUUUAAUGUUCAUUUCGUUCACUUAACAAUGCGUUAUACGGCGCAAGAGUACACGGAUAUGAUUAUUUGUUACGGAUUAGCCCGGGAAAAUAGUAUGGCCGCGGAGCGUUUGUACGCGGAUCGAUUUCCCAAUCGUCGGCAUCCUACAGCCCAGACGAUAUUGAACUGCAUCCAACGAACAAAAGAAACAGGCAGUGUCACGCCGAAAUACUCUGAAGGAACGGUAUAUCGGAGCCUUAAAAACGAGGAGGAAGUUUUGCGCGCGUACACAGAUAACCCUGGAUUUAGUAUCCGCCAAAUAGCUCGUAUAGUCGGCGUACGUCGAGACACAGUGUACAGAAUCAUUCGAGACGAAGGACAGCAGCAAUUUGAAGAAAUGGAAGACCAGGAUGAGGUGCCACUGUCCAUAAGGCUGCAGUUCUUGAAGAACAAUGCAAAGCGUCGGCAAGGAAGUCCAAUGAAGACAAGACAGAAAUGGAAGCUAAAAAAAGAUAAAAAUCGGAUUGAAAUUAAAAAUGAGAUCGACAAAAAUCAAAUUGAUGAAAAUCAGAUUAAUGAAAAUCAUAUUGAUGAAAAUCAUAUUGAUGAAAAUCAUAUUGAUGAAAAUCAUAUUGAUGAAAAUCAUACUGAUGAAAAUCAUACUGAUGAAAAUCAUAUUGAUGAAAAUCAUAUUGAUGAAAAUCAUAUUGAUGAAAAUCAUAUUGACGAAAAUCAAAUUCAGAUUGAUGAAAAACUUUGGCUGUUUGAGCCUGAAUUUAUUGAUUGUGGCUCAUGAAACAGGCAGUUUUUUAAUAAAGCAUUAAAUUAUUAAAAAUAUUUGACUUAUGUAAAAAUUUCCAGUACCUAUGCAUCGAAAGUAAUUCUUUUCUUAUCCAAUUCAUACUCGAGGACCAACAUUUCGAUGCACAGUUAACAAAAAAUAUUAUGCGCAACAUAUGCGGAUGUGAACACAAUGUGACCACACGUACGGGUGAACGCACGUAUGGACAAUUAGUCGACUCACCACACUUGUUACAGAAAUAUCUUUAUUAAUCAAACCAUAUGCUCGCAAUUACACUUUUUUUAUUGUGAUGAAA